AUGGCACCGGCUGUAACUAUUGAUAAUACUUCAGACUUCGCCCUGGUCCAGACAAAGACAACAGGUCGCUCUUCACCACCGCGAAGCCUCCUGCUUUCCCCUCCAUCCCUAUCAUCCCACCCAGAGAAGUUGAACAAUGUUCUCGCGGCACAUGAUCGGAACGCCACCGACAUCCAAAUGCUCGAUCGCCUAUCUUUAUCCCUCGUUUCCCUUCCAGAAGCUACCUACGAUAUCAUUCUAGUUCUCUCAGGCGCAGACGACACACGAACAGAAUCGAACAAGCUGCUCAACCGCGAUGUCCUAUCGCGCAUCGUCCGAUCUUUGAAGCCCGGUGGGAGGUUAAAGAGCCAGGACGGAAAGUUUGCCACAGACGAUACAGAAGAACGGAGGGAGGCUAUUUUCGCCGGCCUGUUGGUGGAAGGGGAUGGUAUGGUGAAGCCAGAUCAUACAGCUACACAAUCGGUGCCACUGCGUCUCGGCAAGAAUAAGAGCAACGGUGGAACGGCUACGACGAGCGCAGCAGGGACAGGCGCUGUCUCUUUGAACCUUAACGGAAAGCGAAGAAAUGGGCCUCCAGCGUCAAUGCAGCCAGCAGGCGUAGGAUACGUUAAUUUCAGUGAUGAUUUCGGGGCGCCGGAAGUUGAUGACGAGGACGAUCUAAUUGACGAGGACACUCUACUUGAUGAGGAAGACUUGAAGAGACCUGUUGUCCAACCACCCGAAUGUCGGCCCAAAGCUGGCAAACGUCGGCGUGCUUGUAAAGAUUGCACAUGUGGCCUUGCGCAACGCCUCGAAGCUGAGGAACACGCCAAACGCUCUAAUGCCGAUCAAACCCUCGCAAAACUGAAAACGAACGAAUUGGCAGAGGUAGAUUUUACGGUGCAAGGCAAAGUAGGAAGCUGUGGUAACUGUGCGUUGGGAGAUGCAUUCAGGUGUGAUGGGUGCCCCUAUGUCGGUCUACCCGCGUUUAAACCUGGGGAAGAAGUUAGACUGGUGAACGAUGAAGUUCAACUGUGA